AUGUCAAAGAUCGACAUUGAACAUGCACUCGAGGAACUCUCAUUGAACGAGAAAGUCGCCCUGCUUUCAGGAGUCGAUGGCUGGCACACGGCAGCAAUCCCGCGACUGGGGAUCCCCCAAAUUCGCAUGUCAGAUGGACCAAACGGUGUUCGAGGCACACGCUUUUUUAAUGGAGUGCCUGCGGCCUGUCUUCCAUGUGCCACAGCGCUUGGUGCCUCCUUCGAUACUGAGCUUAUCUUUUCCCUCGGAAAGCUUCUCGGCCUAGAGUGCAAGGCCAAGGGUGCACAUGUCCUUCUGGGCCCGACUAUAAAUAUUCAAAGGGGACCACUGGGGGGCCGAGGCUUUGAGUCCUUCUCGGAGGAUCCUGUUCUUUCGGGCUCUUUGGCUGCGAGUUAUUGCUUGGGUGUACAGACUGAGAAUGUGAUCCCGACACCAAAGCACCUCGUCUGCAAUGACCAGGAGCAUGAACGAGUCGCUGUUAGUGCACUUGUCACUGAGCGUGCACUCAGAGAGAUAUAUCUACUUCCUUUCCAACUAGCCAUCACAGGGGCCAAUCCUGGUGCUCUUAUGACCUCGUACAAUAAGGUCAAUGGAUCUCAUGUCAGUGAGAGCCCCGAGUUGCUCCAAAGUGUUGUUCGGAAAGAGUGGAACUACAAGGGACUCAUCAUGAGUGAUUGGUUUGGAACCUAUAGUGUGUCUGAGGCUGUCAAUGCCGGUCUGGAUCUUGAGAUGCCUGGCCCAUCUCGAUUCCGAGGGCCUGGCUUAGUGCAUGCCAUUGUAUCAAACAAGGUGUCAGAAAGAACCAUUGACGAGCGCGUCCGUACUGUGUUAGAGAUGGUUAAUCAAACGGCCAACUCGAAAAUUCCCGAAAACGCCCCCGAAAUUCAACGAAAUUUCCCUGAGGACCAAGCACUACUUCGCAGAGCUGCAUCUGAGUCCGUUGUCCUUCUAAAGAAUGAUGAUCAGAUACUUCCCCUCAAUCCAACGAGAAAGACUCUUGUGAUAGGACCUAACGCCGAUAUCGCGGCAUAUUGUGGUGGAGGCUCUGCGGCCUUACCAGGGUACUAUGCCGUUACUCCUUUAGAGGGAAUCACAAACAGAUGUACCGGCGGCGUUACUUUUACACAAGGAAUCUACGGUCACAAAGAGUUGCCUCUUCUUGGGACUCAGUUAAAGACCGAAGAUGGUCGGACCGGGUACAUGUUCAGCGUGUUCACUGAACCGUCAACGAAAAAAGACAGAAAGCCGGUCGACGUAUUGCACAUGACCAGUAGCUCUGCAUUCUUGAUGGACUAUACGAAUCCAAAAGUUCACUCAGAUCUGUACUACAUCACCAUGGAGGGAGUCUUUACACCUACUGAAAGUGGGGUGUACGACUUCGGCCUAACAGUUGCCGGUACCGGAGAGCUUUUUAUCGAUGGAGAACUAGUGGUCGACAACAAGACCACUCAACGGCAAGGAACCUCUUUCUUCGGUAUCGGUACUCCAGAAGAACGUGGCUCCAAAUAUCUGGAGGCAAAUCGAAAGUACAAGAUAUUCGUGGACUACGGUACGGCUCCAACUUCCAAUCUUAAAUUACAUGGAGUCGUCUCAUUUGGGCCUGGAGGAGUGCGAGUUGGAGGAUGUCGGCGGAUCGACGAAAAGCAUGCCAUUCAAGAGGCUGUUGAUCUGGCAAAGACAGCUGAACAAGUCGUGUUGUGUGUUGGAUUAAGUGGUGAGUGGGAAAGCGAAGGUUUCGAUCGUCCACACAUGGGCCUUCCGCCUAUGUCAGAUGAAUUGGUUGAAAGAGUACUUGCUGUUCAGCCAAAUGCGGUGGUUGUUGUGCAAAGUGGAACACCUGUGAAGAUGCCAUGGGUUCAAGAUACUAAAGCACUGCUUCAUGCCUGGUAUGGUGGAAAUGAAACAGGAAAUGGCAUUGCGGAUGUCAUCUUUGGAGAUGUUAAUCCGUCCGGAAAGUUACCUCUCAGCUUCCCGGAAGAUAUCGAACAAAAUCCAGCAUACCUGACUUAUCGCUCAGAAAGAGGCCGAGUACUGUACGGCGAGGAUAUCUACGUGGGCUACCGCUACUAUGAGAAGACCAAAGUAAAGCCACUGUUCUCUUUCGGCCAUGGCCUCUCAUACACUUCGUUCCGUCUUUCGGAUCUUUCCGUAUCGCAGCCUUUGAAAAGCUUGAACAAAAUCAAGGAAGAAGUAUUGGAAGUUUUGGUGUCAGUUGAGAACAUCGGGUCCUGCAGUGGCGCAGAAACUGCACAGGUCUUCAUCUCACCGCCGUCCAGCUCCAGCGUUGCACGUCCUGUCAGAGAGCUUAAGGGCUUCAAGAAAAUAAAGCUGGAACAGGGCAAAAACCAAGAGAUCCUAAUUACCAUCCCACUAGCUCUAGCGACCAGUUUCUGGGACGAGGCUCGCUCGGCAUGGCUUAGUGAAGCGGGUGAGUAUACCGUCAGUGUCGUUGGCACUGGAGAGGGGAACUGGCUUUCGAAGACCUUUACCAUUGCCCGCACUAGGGAGUGGAAUGGCUUAUUUGGGCCUGCUAUACAUGCUCCUACUGUGCAUGUCAAUGGCAAUGGAAAGUAG